CGAGAGGCGGCAAACUACAUCAACGUUGUGCGGCUACCUUAGCAUAACCACCGUUUGCAAAUCUACAGCAUAACGCAGCCAGACUGCGAUACGUGUUGUUCAAGAAAGAGUUAUUUCCAGCUAAAACAUUUAAGUACAUGACAGAUUAAAUGUGCUUCGAAAUAUAGUCAAAAUAUUCAAACAACUUUUAAAAGGAUUAAUUUUUUUUAUGUUUUUUUUUUUGAUAAUAUUAACAUUUAUGUAAAAAAAAUUUCUUAGUGAUUAAUCUAAAAUGUGAAAUUGAACUUUCAUUGUUUUUAUAAAUAAAUUACAAAUUGUGGUGGGAAAAUUAAUGAGUUUUUUAUAUUUAAAAAUUGAAAAGCUCAAAAAAAUAUUUGCAAAUUAUAGACAUGUGUUGUGAUAAAAAAUUAAAAUUAUAAAUAAAUAUAUAACUAUGACUGAUUUAACAAAUUUCAAGAUUAAAAAAUUGCACUAUUUCAACAGGUAACAGUUUAAAAUAUACUCAUGUUUGUGUAAUAAAUUAUUUGAACAAUAAAUAGUGUUUAGUAAAUGAUCAUCAGUCACAUAAUAUAAAAAUGAACUAUUAAAUAAAAAUAACAUUCUAUUAAUUUUUAAUAUUAGAAAAUAAUUAAAUUGUGUGAUUAUAUGACUAUUGUGUAACUAUUAAAAAGUGAUAUUUGACAGUUUUAAUUAACAUUUAAUAUUUAUUUUACAACGCGAGUUUUUAUUAAGCUAUUAAUUUUAAAAUGCAAAAUGCAUUAGUAAUUACACAUAGAUGAGACAAAGCUCAAGCAACUCUUUUCUGAGGCUCGAAAUGAUCUGUUGACAUGGCAGAAGGUUCAGCUGAAGAAGAACAGGGUAAUACAGCUGCACCAGCAACACCACCGUCAGAUUUACGUUCAUAUAGCAAUCAUUCAUCAACUUCUUAUUGUCAUUUUCAAGACUUUCAACCUCAAACACAUUUUUAUCGUCAACAAUCAAAUAUGUUGGCGACACCCGUUCCAAUACGGCAUGGCCGAAAUAAUUUACUAUCUGAUUAUAUAAAAACUGAAAACACCAUGGACAACACACCAUAUGAUUUUCCACUUAAUCUUAAAAAUGAGGGAAGUGAUAGAAGCAGUACUGGUAGCCCUGAACCAACGCAAGAAGAACGACAUGAGCAUCAUAUGUUUAUGAAAGGAAUCGAACAUGUUCGAAGAAAACGAAGAAGUAGAUCACCAGAAUCUACGACCAAUGCGAAACUUGCCAAUGAAACAUCAACCAAUGGCAAUCCCGCAGGUGUAGUAAGUUUACAAAAUCUACAAAACCUUGCAAAUCUUCCAAAAGUUGCUCCGUUACCAGAUGGAUUACAGAGUAUGUCAUCUGAUUUAUCAAAUAAUCAUUUAAUAAAUACUCCAUUAAACCUUACAGUGACCACGUCAGCAACAACUUUAUCAUCACCUUCAAGCACGACAUCAACGCCACACCCUUUGCCUUCAAGUUCAGCUCCGGUAGCAUCACUUGGACAAUUAGAAUCUCAACUACAACCAGUUGCAUUACCUCAGUUUAUUUUAACGUCAGGUCAACUCAUUCAAGGAAUUCAAGGCGCACAAAUUUUAAUUCCAACUUCUCAAGGCAUCGCAACACAAACGAUACUCACUAUACCUGUUAAUCAUGUUACGAAUAAUCAAUUGGUUAAUUUGGCGUUGAGUAACGGUCAAGUUGUGUCGACGACAUUGGCAAAUCUUCAAGCAAUUGCUCAUCCACAACCUUUUAUGAAUUUACCGUCAGGCAAUGCCGUACCAACUGGUCAAAGUGGUGGUCAAGAAUUAAGUCUAAAUUCCGUAGCUCUUUCACAUUUAUUGGGUAAUAAUCCAGCGAGUCAUCAGCUACUAAAUUCGAUGCAACAAGGACAACAUCUUCAGAGUAAAGCUUCUCGAGCUCAUAUGGCACCAGCUUGUCCGGUAUCACAACCACCACAGCUUGCAACUUCACCUCAACAUGGACAACAGCACAAUCGACAUACGCUUCUCAAUCAUUACAAGACACCAGAUGAACAAGAAAGAAUGGAACCAUCACCACCUUCAAAUAGUCCACCUAUGUUUGCUACAUCAACUUUGAAUCGACUUGUUGCUAACAAUGGAGAACUCACGAUAACCACAACACAUGGACCAGUCAGUGUAGGAAUAAAAUCAUCACCGGGUAGUCAACACAGUGCCAAAGAUGACGACGAAGAUUUACUAAGCAAUUCUUCACGUCAACCAACAAUUAAUGAAGCUACCAAAAAUCUUGUUGAUGGAAUAAAUUUGGAUCAAAUUAAAGAAUUUGCUAAGGCAUUCAAACUUCGACGAUUAUCUUUAGGCUUGACGCAAACUCAAGUUGGACAAGCUUUGAGUGUUACUGAAGGACCAGCUUAUAGUCAAAGUGCUAUAUGCAGUGCCCUGGCUUCCCAGAUGUAUGCUGCGUCACAGAUUGCCUCUCAGCAACAAGCUAUGUUUGAAAAGCUGGAUAUAACUCCAAAAAGUGCACAGAAAAUAAAGCCAGUACUAGCGGGAUGGAUGAAAGAAGCAGAGGAAAGUAUGUAUGAUUGCAGAUACAAAAGCGGCGCUAGUAAUCUCACAGAAUUCAUUGGUGUUGAACCAAGUAAAAAAAGAAAAAGACGAACAUCAUUUACCCCUCAAGCCCUGGAACUUCUUAACGCACAUUUUGAUAAAAAUACACAUCCCACGGGCAAUGAAAUAACAAAUUUAGCACAACAACUUGGAUAUGAAAGAGAAGUCAUAAGAAUAUGGUUUUGCAAUAAACGACAAGCACUAAAAAAUACUGUGAGAAUGAUGUCAAAAACAGGUUGAACGUAAAAAAUAUAUAAAUCAAAAAUUAGCUACAAGUCUACAUUAUUGUAGAAGCUUCACUUUAACAUGUACAAAUGCUAAUAAAAAGUGAAAAAAAUAAAUCAAACAAAAUCAAAUCAGCUAAAAAUGAAGAUGAAACUUCCCAUUUAUAAUUUGAUCUAAUUAAUAAUAGAACCAAUGUACUUUAAAUAACAAAUACAUAAAACUUUUUUUGUUUUGUAUUUUUAAUUGCUU